AUGUCGGAAGAUACCUCUUCAGCCGAGGCCCGCUUGUGGAGGUAUAUUGACUCUGACGAAGGCACACUGACACAGUUCUGCCUGAAAAUAGGAGUUCAAAAUGUUGAGGUUCAAAAAGUGAACUUGGGUGAUCAUCUAUUCAACCUGAGGCAACACAAUGCAGACACAAUCAUAUCAAAAAAUGAACAAUCAAAUAGAGGCGAUUACAAUUUAUUCUUUGCAAAUCAAAUGUAUAGCGAGGCUUAUCUCCUUCAUGGCUUAUUGCACAUAUUAUUAAACUGUAAUCAAAUCGAUAUCGGCACUGAUCUAAACCAAUUUAAGCAGCUCACAAGCAAUUAUACUUCAAAACUCAAGGGUCACGUUCUAUUAAAAAAUAGGCUGUUUAGAGAAGCUUAUAGUGAGAUGAUAAAUGCAUGGCCAUAUCGUCGGAAAGUGGAUGGCGCAAUGUAUCAUCCGGUCUCAUAUGUACUGCGUCAAGGUAAUCUAUGGGAACUUGACGCCCUAAAGGAUGGUCCAUGCAUCUUAGCGUCAUGCAACGAAGAUAACUGGCUGGAUUUUAUGCAAGCUGAGCUGGUAAAAAAAGCCAAGAUGUACCAAGAGCUUGACUUGCCUAUUUCCAUAUGGGCUGUGAUAGAAAGUAGAAAGCUAGUAUACCAAAAAAAGGUGACCAGUAAGUUAUUUAUGAAACAAGCGAUAGAGAGUAUGCUUGAUAAGCAUCAACCUGAUUGGAGAAAAAGUUGUCAACGUUGGGAAGAAGAAUACGUGCAUGCACUUAGUAGCAGUGAAAGGAUUAAAAGAGGCCUACUUCUUUCUGACAGAUUAGCACAUCAUUGUAGUCGAUCUGAUCAACUGCCGAAUGAGGAAAAACAGAAAAUCUACAGUUCACUCAGUCAUAAUAAACAAGGAAGCUUGAUAGAUACUUGGCUACAGAUACAUGAUGAGAUCCUAAGGCUGUACGAACAGCUUGGCUUGGAGGACGAAAAAGAUGAAAUAUACCAAAAGAACUAUAUCCGAAAGAGACACAACUAUAUACCUUUUAUUGAAUCAUUUAUACAAGCUCUAGUCGAACAAGGUCACUUUCAUUCAUAG